AUGUUCUACCAGCAAUCCAGACAUAGGGAAGAGCGAGAUCAAGAGACAUGUGUACAGAGUGUUAACAGAAUCCUUCCUCUCUGUAGGAGACUCUGACUUUCUCAACCUUCUAGCUCAGUGUCCCUGGAGACCUGAGACAGAAUGGUAACCAUGUCACUAGGCAGCACUGCAUGUGGUACAAGUGACUGCUGACUGCUCCACUGCAUCUGAGCUGGGAGGACUAGAAAUGCCUGCAGGAAGCCAUACCAUGGCCUUCCAUGACUGAGGUGACACUUGUAACUGGGCAUGUCCCUCAGAUGUGGAAGAUGUAUCUAUUGAGUUGCAGAGAUAUUGACACCUCUGGAGAAUAAUAAGACUUUUAGGUUAAGGUGACUCCAGAACCUAGCUACAGAGGAUCUCUUUUCUUUGCAGCUGAGAAGCUAUGGGCAGGAGAGGCUCAGGGACUAGCUCCUGGGCAGCAGUGAGGACCACUGCUGGACAGUGGGGAAGAUUCCCCCAGAGUGGCUUUCUGCCUUGCUAAUGACCUGUGACUCCAAUCCUGUAGCUAAGUGAUUCUGGUGCCCAGUGAGGUUGAGGAUAUCUUAUGUCUGCAUGUUGAGCUGAACCUAGAAAGACCUUUGGUGAUGUUAUAGGCUUGAAGAAGGGGUAUCCUGGCCUGUUCAAGUAAAAGCCAGAAGGCCAGUGUGCUGGAGCAGACUGGGUGAGAAGAGGGUUGAUGAAUGAGGCCCAAAGGGCAACACAUGCCAAGUCAGGUCAUGCAAGACAAGAUAAUCUGCCUUCCGAAAAGAGUUCAGCCUUCUCAGAACCACUCUUCUGUCUCAAAUGUCUCUCAAGCAGUUGUCAGUACCACCUCACUGCCUCCCACGAAACCAUCUCCCACUAACCCCGUCACUGUGGAAAUGAAAGGACUGAAGACAGACUUAGACCUUCAGCAGUACAGUUUUAUAAACCAGAUGUGUUACGAGCGGGCCCUCCACUGGUAUGCCAAGUACUUCCCUUACCUGGUCCUCAUCCAUACUCUGGUCUUCAUGCUCUGCAGCAACUUUUGGUUCAAAUUCCCUGGCUCCAGCUCCAAAAUAGAACAUUUCAUCUCAAUCCUGGGGAAGUGCUUCGACUCUCCCUGGACCACGCGGGCUCUAUCUGAAGUGUCCGGGGAGGACUCCGAAGAAAAAGACAACAGGAAGAACAAUGUAAGCAGGUCCAACAUUAUCCAGUCUGGUCCAGAGGGCAACCUGGUCAACUCUCAGUCUUUAAAGUCAAUUCCCGAGAAGUUCGUAGUUGAUAAAUCCACGGCAGGGGCUCUGGAUAAAAAGGAAGGUGAGCAAGCAAAGGCCUUAUUUGAGAAGGUGAAGAAGUUCAGAAUACACGUGGAAGAAGGUGACAUACUCUAUGCUAUGUAUGUUCGUCAGACUGUACUGAAGGUUAUAAAAUUCCUAAUCAUCAUUGCAUAUAAUAGCGCCCUGGUUUCCAAAGUCCAAUUUACCGUGGACUGUAAUGUUGACAUUCAGGACAUGACUGGAUAUAAAAACUUUUCUUGCAAUCAUACCAUGGCACACUUAUUCUCAAAACUCUCCUUUUGCUACCUGUGCUUCGUAAGUAUCUAUGGGUUGACAUGCCUUUAUACCUUAUACUGGCUGUUCUAUCGGUCUCUACGGGAAUAUUCUUUUGAGUAUGUCCGGCAGGAGACUGGAAUUGAUGAUAUUCCUGAUGUGAAAAAUGACUUUGCUUUUAUGCUUCAUAUGAUAGAUCAGUAUGACCCUCUGUAUUCCAAGAGAUUUGCAGUGUUCCUGUCGGAAGUGAGUGAAAACAAGUUAAAGCAGCUGAACUUAAAUAAUGAGUGGACGCCUGAUAAGCUGAGGCAGAAGCUCCAGACAAAUGCCCACAACCGACUGGAAUUGCCUCUCAUCAUGCUCUCUGGCCUUCCAGACACAGUUUUUGAAAUCACAGAGCUGCAGUCGCUCAAACUUGAAAUCAUUAAGAACGUGAUGAUACCAGCCACCAUCGCACAGCUAGACAAUCUCCAAGAGCUCUCCCUCCACCAGUGCUCGGUCAAAAUCCACAGCGCGGCGCUCUCCUUCCUGAAGGAAAACCUCAAGGUCUUGAGCGUCAAGUUUGAUGAUAUGAGGGAGCUGCCCCCCUGGAUGUACGGACUCCGGAAUCUCGAAGAGCUCUACCUGGUUGGCUCUCUAAGUCACGAUAUUUCCAAGAACGUCACCCUGGAGUCUCUGAGGGAUCUCAAAAGCCUUAAAAUUCUCUCCAUCAAAAGUAACGUUUCCAAAAUCCCCCAGGCGGUGGUGGACGUCUCCAGCCACCUCCAGAAGAUGUGCAUCCAUAACGACGGCACCAAGCUGGUGAUGCUCAACAACCUGAAGAAAAUGAGCAACCUGACAGAGCUGGAGCUGGUCCACUGUGACCUGGAGCGCAUCCCGCACGCCGUGUUCAGCCUGCUCAGCCUGCAGGAGCUGGACCUCAAGGAAAACAAUCUGAAGUCGAUCGAAGAAAUUGUUAGCUUCCAGCACUUGAGAAAGUUGACAGUGCUCAAACUGUGGCAUAACAGCAUCACCUACAUCCCAGAGCAUAUAAAGAAGCUCACCAGUCUGGAGCGCCUGUCCUUCAGUCACAACAAGAUAGAGGUGCUGCCUUCUCACCUCUUCCUAUGCAACAAAAUCCGCUACUUGGACUUAUCCUACAACGACAUUCGAUUUAUCCCACCUGAAGUCGGAGUUCUACAAAGUUUACAAUAUUUCUCCAUCACUUGUAACAAAGUAGAGAGCCUUCCUGAUGAACUCUAUUUCUGCAAGAAACUGAAAACUCUGAAGAUUGGGAAAAACAACCUAUCGAUUCUUUCACCGAAAAUUGGAAAUUUACUCUUUCUUUCCUACUUAGAUGUUAAAGGCAAUCACUUUGAAAUCCUCCCUCCUGAACUGGGAGACUGCCGGGCUCUGAAGCGAGCUGGCCUAGUCGUUGAAGACGCUCUGUUUGAAACUCUGCCUUCUGAUAUCCGGGAGCAAAUGAAAACAGAAUAACUUAUUUUUGUUUAAAGUUUGAUUGAACCACGCUUCUACCAAAUACAGUAUAAAUAAUUAGGUAGUCUUAAUGCCUUUCCUAUUUUAUUUUAUGUUUUUCUUUUUCACACGAAACAUAUUGUACACAAAGAUGAGUAAGGAGUAUGUAUUUUUAAUAAAAAUUUAAUUGUAUUUUUUCAAUAUUAA